AUGUCCGGCACCGCACCGGCGACAGACCCGCCCUCCUUCGACAGCAGGUUCAGCUCCCCAGAAGCCCUCUUCUAUUUCUACCACAAGAUCGACGCCUCGACGGGCACGCUGCAAAGCCAGGUCCUGGGCCCCAACGUAUCCAAGACCUUCCCCCACGCCCGGGCUCUGGCGCACUGCACCCCCGCGAGGAUCCAGUCCGUGCUGGCCCGCAAGACGACGGGCUUCCUCGCCCUCCUCGGGCCGGGGACCAGCCCGACGCGCACGAUCCUCGCGUGGGCCGAGAGCGGCCACGGCCACAACCCGCGCGGGGACUUCCUCGAGCCCGAGCCCCGGUCCGCCGUGCUGUCCAACCGGCGCUGGACCGCGCGCGCCAUACGGCUCGGCCGCGAGGUCGGCAUCAACAUGCGCCACCCGUACGAUGGGCUGGCCCGCGGCGGAAGGGCGGGCAUCUUCCGCGCCUCGCAUGUCGAGGUCAAGCUUGCCGUGCACGCGGUCUACAUCCUCGUCAGGAUGGCGGGCAUGCCCACGGGUCGCGUGGCGAGGGCGGACCUCGCGGCGCUCAGGGGGAGGGCGUGGUGCGGCGGCGCCAGGCCGCGCUUCGAGAUAUACUUCUCCAAGAAGAACUGUUGUGGGUGCGCCGAGUACGUCCGGCGGCUGGAGGGGCUGACUGGUGCCGAGAUCACGCUCUGCUGGAGGGAGAGGCUCGUGGAGAUGGACUACGACAAGUGCAGGAUGGGCGUGGUGCCCGAUGCUGAGGGGGUGACGGCCGCCGAGGCACACGGGGGACACGAGCGCAGAGAGGGCACCGGUGGCUCAGUGCAGGUGGUGGACCUGGCGGACGAGGCGGACGACGGCUCGUCCCAGGAGUCGCGGGACGAGGUGGUCGAGGUAACGCCGGAGCCGCUGGGCGCGUACCUCGACGGCCUCGCGUACUGCGUCGGCCAGACGGGCGAUGGGGCCCGAGUGGUGCGCGCAGUCGUCGGCCUGGCUAAGAUGUGGAAGCGUCAGGCCGCUGUGAGGCGAGGCGACGCAGGGAGGGCGGCUGAGAGGACGAGCGGGAGCUGGCUCGCCACGCCGCCGGCCCCGGGUGUGCGGGCACAAAGACAAGGCGCGACGUGGACCGAGGCCGAGAGACGAGGGGCCGAGAGUGACUGUGUAGUUGUCGGAGAGAGGGUGCCGAGACGGUAUUCCUUUGUUCGCGGACAACUUGCCGCUGGGUAG